CGUCAUUUUUAUUUCUUCCUGCAAAAUGAACGGCUGCUCCUACAGACAUGGCCUCUGUCGUGACUGAGAUAGCUGCCGCUCUUCUGAUUUUUACAUGUGUUGUUCAGGGAGCCCGGAGUCUUCAAAUAGAACAUGUGGAAACUCUGAGUGCAGUAGUGGGCCAGAAUGUCAGCCUGCCCUGCAUCGUGGCAGAGAAACAUGAAGUGAACAUCAACCAGAUUGAAUGGGAUGUAAAGAUUAAAGAUAAUCGUAAAAGACUUGUGGUCUUUAGUCCUCAGUAUCGCCCUCAUUAUUUUGUGCCCGUCUACCUGGAGCUGGUGAACAGAACAAACUCAACAAUUCUACAUGGCUCCAUCCUGCAUUUGUACAAUGUUACAAAGAAGGACAGUGGAACCUAUUUUUGUUAUAUCACCACCUUCCCUUAUGGAUCCUACCAAAACAGUACAGUAUUGCAAGUCACAGAUCCCUGGAUCUCAGCAGAGGUCGUGUCCCCAGGUGAGUCUCUGAAAGAGGGGGACGAGGUGAACAUCACAUGUGUCAGCAAUCCUCCAGCUGACAGAUACAUGUUAUCAUCUCUACAGAAUGGUUUGCUACUGGAAAGCAAGAGUGGACAUUUCACAAUACAGAGCGUCACUCGUCACAGCGGUGACCUGAUUUGUCAGCCCUCAAACCAACAAAGCCUCCAAGCUAAUCUCCGAAUGACCGUGGACUAUAUUGACAGCAUUAAGUGUAACUCCAGCACACAGUUAGAAGUGGAGACGGGCACCAAUCUGACAAUAACUUGUGAGACAACGUCUUCAAGACCCUUGAGUUACACCUGGAGGAAGGGGAAUAAGACAGUGUCCCAAAACACCACUAUCAGCUUGUGGUCAGUCACUCCUGAGCAGGCCGGGACGUACUCUGUGAUCAUCUACGCAAGAAACCAUAGUCGUCUCCAGAGGCAGAGGGAUUUUGUAGUGACUGUGCUCAACAGGACGGAUGCGGACCAACUAAGCAGCACUAUUGAAACGGAAACAACGUGGCAGAUCACGAAUGCCACAACUCUCACAACAGCUGGACCUGGAACUAUAACAACAGUGACACAACCAAGCCAUAUCAGCAGCACCACCACCACCACCACAGAGAACAGCCUGUAUUACAACACCACUGCGCCAUCUGCUGGAGACAUCAGCACAUUACAAGCAAACAUCACCUCAGCUCAGGCAAAAAUCACCAGAGCUCCUGCAAACUUCACCAGAGCACGUUCAAACAAUACUGUGAAGAGCAACGCCACCUGGAGCAUCUCUCUGAACACUUCAGCUGAGGGGAGCACACUGUCUGAGGGCUGCUGUCAGUGGCACAAUACUACAUCCAGCCUGAGGUCUACCAGAGAACAGUUCACCAGUGCUCAACCAAUUACCAGUACAAACAGCUUCACAACUACUUCCACUAUGAUCACAGAGAAAACUAUGGAAGUAGAGAAAAGUGGCAGUAUGGUGGUGGUGUUCGUUCUCAUCCCCAUCCUUCUGUUGUUGGUGCUGAUUGGCUUUCUUUACAGGAGGUACCGCAUCCAAAAAAGAAUGGAUAUGCCUCCACCAUUCAAGCCUCCUCCUCCUCCAGUGAAGUACACAUCAGUGAGAAGUCAGGACAUACCUGUGACUGACAUCUUAGUAUGACGACAUCGUCCAUCAAAACAGAGCAACUGCAUACGGAGAGGAUUUUCUGAAAGUGUUACUUUCCAUUGUCAGAAAAAAAGUUUAUUUUUAUACAGCCCUUAUUUGUGCUUUUUUAUUUUAGUACCAGAGGUGUCCAAUUAUUAAGUAAUUAAGUACAAAUACUUAUAUAUUUAAAAAUGUUUUGUUGACUUUUUACCUCUACUUCUUACAUUUACACCAGGGGUGUCCAAACUUUUUUUGUUGGGGGCAGGAAGGAGAAAUAUAUUUGAAGUCACGGGCCACAGACUCUGUAAUAAAACAAAUAAUGAAAUAUACCACUUUAAAUAAUACUUUUUUUCUGUUUAUUUCAUUUACACACCAUUUUACUUGACUUACUAUCUUUAUCUUUGACAGUGUUGUGUAAACUAAGAUUUUUCAAAUUGAUGUUUAAUUUCAUGAUGUCUCUUAAUAUUAAACUCCUUAAUUACGGCAACUUUUAGACUCUUUGGCCCGUUUUUCUGCGCUAGAAAUGCGCACCCUCUCCUCUUUUAGACUCUUUGACCCAUUUCUGACACCUAGCGUUCAAACUUAUAAAACCUGCUUAACAGCGGGCCAACUUUCAUUCUAUUUCUAAAAUACCUCGCGGGCCGCUCCAAAAAAGGAAACGGGCCGCAAAUGGCCCGCGGGCCGUAGUUUGGACACCCCUGAAUGACAAAAAAUUGUAUACAUUUGAGUGCACUAUAUGCUCAUGUAUUGUGGUUCUAAAUUACCUUUUUUCUAUUAUAUAUAUUUUUUGACAGGAGUAUUUUAAACUGACUCUUAAUACCUUGACACCUUUGGUUUUGUACAUAAUAAAUACUUGUUUAUGCAUUUUUUUUUUUUUUUUGAAUAAAAUAACUAAUAAAUGUUUCUAAAUCAUGA